AUGCCAGAAGAAACAGAAAAAACUACAUUAGAAGAACAAAUUUCUAAUACUCAACCAAUUAUAGAAGACCCAGUAGCAAUAAAUCAAAUGACGCCUAACUUCUUAUUAGUUUCGCAAUCAUAUCAUGAAUCAAACAUAUCAAGUUCAGAACCAUCAAACAUAAAAAAUUCAGAACCAAACAUUCCCGAACAUAUUCGCAAACUUCGCGGAGGAUUUGGAUGCGCUAUUAUUUGCU